AAAAAGGACCGCACGCCAUUUUCGUCAUGUUGCUCCGACAACAGGCAUGGCGCACGGCGGCGAUGUCGUCAAGUAGAUGCGUGAGCUCAGUGGCGGGAUUGGGCGUCCCGUCCACGCAGACGAGUCCUCCGAGAGGCAGCGUUGUGGUUAUUACAUCGGGCAAGGGAGGCGUUGGCAAGACCACGUGUGCUGCGAGCAUUGGCUAUGGCCUCGCGCAGUCGGGGUACCGCACGUGCCUCAUCGACUUUGACAUUGGUCUGCGUAACCUGGACAUCCACCUUGGAUGCGAGCGUCGCGUGAUCUUUGAUUUCAUCAACGUCAUCGACGGCAAUUGCCGCCUCAACCAGGCGCUGAUCAAAGACAAGCGUCUGGACAAACUGUCGCUGCUCGCGGCAAGCCAGACCCGCGAUAAGACCGCGCUGACGGAAGACGGCGUGGCCAAGGUCUUGAACGAGCUCAAGACGCAGUUCGACUACAUCGUGUGCGACUCCCCGGCCGGCAUCGAGUCCGGCGCGCACCACGCCAUGUUCUUUGCCGACGAAGCCAUCAUCGUGACCAACCCCGAGCUGUCGUCUUGUCGAGACUCGGACAAGAUGAUCGGGUUCAUUGCGAGCAAGUCGCUGCGCGCCCAGCAGGGCCGGUCGCCAGUCGUCCAGCGCCUGCUCAUCAACCGCUUUGACGCGUCGCGCGCCGCCAAGGACGACUGUCUCUCCGUCGAGGACAUUCAAGAGAUGCUGGCGCUUCCCCUCGUGGGCGUGAUCCCCGAAAGCGUCCAAGUGUUGAACGCGUCCAACAUGGGCCAGCCCGUGAUCGCGUCCAAGGACGACAAGGCGGCCGUCGCGUUCGAAGACACCGUCGCGCGCUUCCUCGGGGACGACCGACCGAUGAAGUUCCUCGUGCCAGACAAACCCACGUCGAUCUUUGGCCGCUUGUUUGCCUAACCCUACGUACAGUAGGUUAACAACCCCGUUAAACUACUACGCAAACCACAAAAGCCCACUUGGUUACAAU